AUGUCUCGACUCGGGAACAACGCCGACUGGGCCGACGAUGACGAGUACGAUGAUCCCUCAGCGCUGCCCGCAACCCAAAUCACCGAGAACAAAGACGGCACCAAGACGGUUGUCUCCUACCGCUUCAACGAUGAGAACAAGAAAGUGAAGGUCACCCGCCGAAUCAAGUCCACCGUUGUCCGCGAGCAUGUGAACCCACAGGUGGCCGAGCGCCGGUCGUGGGAUAAGUUUGGCCUCGAGAAGGGCCACGCGCCCGGCCCCUCCUUCGAUACGACCUCCGUGGGCGAGAACAUGAUCUUCCGUCCCAGCACGAACUGGAAGGCCCAGGCCGCCGAGGCGGAGAAGAACCCGGAGCAGGGCAGCAUGAAGGACCAGCUCAAGGACAAGAAGGUCAAGUGUCGUAUUUGCAAUGGCGAGCAUUUCACAGCCCGCUGUCCCUUCAAGGACACCAUGGCUCCCGUCGAGGAGGCCACUGGUGCUGGCGAUAUGGGUGCGGACGAGGGUGCUGCUGGCGGUCUGGGUGCUGGCUCUUCCAGCUACGUGCCUCCUCACUUGCGUGGAAAGGCUGGCGGUGCCGCCGGUGAAAAGAUGGGUGGUCGGUUCGAGAAGGACGACCUCGCCACUCUCAGAGUUACAAACGUCAGCGAGUUGGCAGAGGAACAAGAAUUGCGCGAUCUUUUCGAGCGAUUCGGUCGGGUCACCAGAGUUUUCCUUGCCCGGGACCGCGAAACCCAGCGGGCCAAGGGCUUUGCUUUCAUCAGUUACGCGGAUCGUGGCGAUGCCGCUCGCGCCUGCGAGAAGAUGGACGGCUUCGGUUACCGCCACCUUAUUCUCCGCGUCGAAUUUGCCAAGCGCUCUACUUAA